AUGUUACUGUUUGCACUUUUGUCUGAGUCAAAGCUGGAGACGUGCCAUAAAGAGGAGCGUCUCCGGUGUCACCUGCAGCACCUGCACCUCCGCUCAGGAACACUGACACUGAAGGACCACAGCGGAGCAGAAAAACCUGGGUUCCUUGGUCUUCCAGAAGCCGUGAUGGCCCGCCCCCUGCUGUGCCCCCUGCUGUGCCCCCUGCUGUGCGCCCUGCUGUGCUGCUCUGUGCAAACUUCAUCAGUCUUCCAGGACGUCCGCUCUGCCCACUCCCUGCUGAGGACUCGAAGGGCCAACACCUUCUUGGAGGAGCUGAAGCCCGCUAACCUGGAGCGGGAGUGUGUAGAGGAGAGGUGUGACUUUGAGGAGGCCCGCGAGAUCUUCCUGACCAGAGAAACUACACUGGAGUUCUGGACGGUCUACACAGAUGGAAACCAGUGCCGCUCCAACCAGUGCGUCCAUGGUGCCUGUGUGGACCUGUUCCAAGCCUACGCCUGCCGCUGUGACCCAGGCUUUGAGGGACACUACUGCGACCAGCCUCAGAUCUACAGAAACUGUUCCGUAGACAAUGGCGGCUGUGACCACAACUGUGAUGAGAACGAGGAAGAGGUGCGCCGCGUCUGCAGCUGUGUGGAAGGAUACAAACUGGAGGCCGACCACCGCAAGUGUGUGCCCACAGGUCAGUCCUCGUGUGGACAGCUGCUCAUCAGCCGCUCCUCUUACUCUGAGCCGGUGGAGGGUCUGCAGCCCUGGGUAGUGGGGGGAGAAGUCGGCAAGAAGGGAGAGAGCCCCUGGCAGGUGAUGGUGCUGAACGCCCGUGGUGGGCUGCACUGUGGGGGGGUCCUGAUCGACCGCAGCUGGGUCCUGACAGCUGCACACUGUCUGCAGAGCAUCGUUCGCUUCCGGGUCCGACUGGGAGACUACGAUCGGCUGCGUGACGAGUACACUGAGGUGUUGCUGCGCGUGGUGCGCUCCUUCAGACACCCACAGUACAACAGCCGCACCAUGGACCACGACAUCGCUCUCUUGCGGCUGGAGAGCCCCGCCCCCCUGUCCCCCUACAUCCUGCCCGUGUGUCUGCCGCGUGCUGAUACGGCCCGCCGCGUGCUGCACCAGAACGGCACCGUGACAGUGGUGUCAGGCUGGGGCAAAGAGGACGUGGACAGCGCUCGCUACAGCUCCACACUGAACGUCAUCAAGAUCCCGCUGGUGGAGCGCUCUGUGUGCGCGCCCCUCAUGACCAACAACGUGUCGGAGAACGUGCUGUGCGCAGGCGUGUUGGGCAAGCCGUACGACGCCUGCGAGGGCGACAGCGGCGGGCCCAUGGUCACGCGGUACCGGGACACAUGGUUCCUGGUGGGACUGGUGUCCUGGGGCGAGGAGGGCUGCGGGCGCGAGGACAAGCUGGGGAUUUACACCAAAGUGUCCAACUAUAUGAGCUGGAUCUCAGAGGUCAAAGAGCAGUGGGAGCGCACACAGCACAGGCCGAACGCCACGCCCUGA